GCCUCUCCGCAGCCGCUCCGCUCAGCCCGGCGCCGGCCCCGAGCCUCCACCGACGGCAGCCGCUCCCUCCGGCCAAGUCCCUCGACGCCACCGCCCGGCGCGUCCAGACGCACAGACCGACCGACAGACCGACACCCACCUCCGCCCCGAGCCCGCGUCCCGGCUCCAUCCUCGGCUCCCGUCCGUCCAUCGUCCAUCCGCCCCUCCUUCCGUCCGCCGCGUCCCGACCAUGACCGCCACCGGCCCCGUGCGCCUCGCCCUCGGGCUCCUCCUCGUCGUCCUCGCGCUCUGCAGCCGGCCGGCCCGCGGCCAGGACUGCGCAGCGCCCUGCCAGUGCGCGGCCGAGCCGGCGCCGCGCUGCCCGGCCGGCGUGAGCCUCGUGCUGGACGGCUGCGGCUGCUGCCGCGUCUGCGCCAAGCAGCUGGGCGAGCUGUGCACCGAGCGCGACCCCUGCGACCCGCACAAGGGUCUCUUCUGCGACUUCGGGUCCCCGGCCAACCGCAAGAUCGGAGUGUGCACCGCCAAAGAUGGGGCUCCCUGUGUUUUCGGUGGGACCGUUUACCGGAGCGGAGAGUCCUUCCAGAGCAGCUGCAAGUACCAGUGCACUUGCCUGGACGGGGCGGUGGGCUGCGUGCCCCUGUGCAGCAUGGACGUCCGCUUGCCCAGCCCGGACUGCCCCUUCCCCAGAAGGGUCAAGCUGCCAGGAAAAUGCUGCGAGGAGUGGGUGUGUGACCAACCCAAGGACCAAACCGCCGUUGGCCCUGCCCUGGCUGCCUACCGACUGGAAGACACAUUUGGCCCAGACCCAACUAUGAUGCGAGCUAACUGCCUGGUCCAGACCACAGAGUGGAGCGCCUGUUCCAAGACCUGUGGUAUGGGCAUCUCCACCAGGGUGACCAAUGACAACUCCUUCUGCAGACUGGAGAAGCAGAGUCGCCUCUGCAUGGUCAGGCCUUGCGAGGCUGACCUGGAAGAGAACAUUAAGAAGGGCAAAAAGUGCAUCCGGACCCCGAAAAUCGCCAAGCCUGUCAAGUUUGAGCUUUCUGGCUGCACCAGUGUGAAGACAUACCGGGCUAAGUUCUGCGGAGUGUGCACUGACGGCCGGUGUUGCACGCCCCACAGGACCACCACUCUGCCCGUGGAGUUCAAGUGCCCUGACGGGGAGGUCAUGAAGAAGAAUAUGAUGUUCAUCAAGACCUGUGCGUGCCAUUACAACUGUCCUGGAGACAAUGACAUCUUUGAGUCACUGUACUACAGGAAGAUGUAUGGAGACAUGGCGUAAAGCCAGAAUGACAGACGUGAACUCAUUAGACUGUAACUUGAAUUGAUUUACAUCUCAUUUUUUUUUUUUCUGUAAAAGUGAUUUUAGUAGCACAAGUUAAUUUAAAUCUGUGUUUCUAACUGCUGGGGGAGGAAAAUUCCCACCCAUUUCAAAGCAUUGUGUCAUGUCAUACAGUCAGCCAACCCCAGACACUGGUUUGAAGACAGUUAAGACUUGACAGUGGGCCAAUAUGAGCGCACAGCAGCAGAAUGUAUGCUAAGGCGUGGCUUCAGGAGCAGUGGAGACAGGGUGGACGCACUAGAGAUGUCAGCUUAGAGUGCUCAUGAGCCUGCUGUUUGAAGUGUAAUUGAGGAGGGAAGCUGUAGCAUGCUUGUCAGAAAGAACUGCCUUAGCUCCAGGGACAGCCAGGUCAUGUCUCCAUCAUAAGGCUGAGUCGAGCUGCUCUUCAAGUAAGAAGAGCAGAUUCGCCUCUGACAUUCUGAUUCAAAUGACCGUAGUCAGGAAUCGGAAUCCUGUCUAUUAGACUGGACAACUUGUGGCAAGUAAAAUUGCCUAUAACAAGCCAGAUUUUUUAUUGAUAUUGUAAAUAUUGUGGAUAUAUAUAAAAAUAUAUAUAUAUAUUUGUACAGUUAUCUAAGUUAAUUUAAAGUUGUUUGUGCCUUCGUUUUUGUUUUGAAUGCCUUGGUAUUUGAAAUGCUAGCCUCAAAUUCUGAACACCAUAGGUAAGACAUAAAGUUUGUCUGUUAAUUCAAAAUCUGAAGUGGAUACUCAAAUGGAAAUUGUAACCAGUUUGAUUGACAGUCCAUCAAAACAUAUGGUGAGGCAGCAAUGUUAUUGAAAGGAAUUUCUAGGAGGAAAUGUGGUAACUUCACUGUUACUGAGAGGAAAAAGAACUGACUGGCUCUGAAGAGCUGGUCUGAUUUCCACCUGGGAGCAUUUGAUUCUUGGACUAUGACUGUUUUCUGGACAGUGUAUUUUGUUGAGAGUGUGACCAAAAGUUACAUGUUUGCACCUUUCUAGUGGAAAAUAAAGUAUAUAUUUUUUGUAUAAA